GCGCCCAAAGGAGUUAACUGAAAUUAAUUGAACAUCGCAGAGAAGUUCUCUCAAAGCAACUUAAGGAGAAAAAGCCAUCAACCAACAAACAGUCAUCAAAAAUGGGAGCAGCGUACUCAUCAGAGUACAACAUUCCCUUGCAACCAAACAGACCUGCCCCUGAACCUCCUGGGGGUAAUAAAAAGAGAAGGGCUCCAGAACCACCAAACGAAAGUAACAUUCCUUCAACAAUUGGAAGUGAACUUGUUGAACAGAUUCGAAUAAGUACAGGCCUUACUCAUGCAAAAAGUAUCACAGCAGUGGAGACAGUUCUUAUGCAUCUGCGUCACAGAGUUCCAACAAUCUCUAAUGAAGCUGAUUAUAUCUUAGAAUCUCUCUAUUACUCUCAGGAAAAUUCAUCUGAGGUGUCCGACGAAGAACUAUUAUCAACUCAUGAUGGCAAAUGUCUGCACGCUCUGGUGCAAGAACUCGUCAAAUGUAAAGACGACUCGCAACAACGCAGCUGGGCAGUGCAUGAAGACGAAGCUGUCAUUAUAAAAUGCUUAAAAGAUGUUCUGUCGAUACUGGAAGGUGCUAACAAACUUGUGUGUUUGGCUGUGAUUCGCCAAGACUCGUAUGAUGGUCUGAAUGCUUUGGUCGAGUACUAUCAAAUGGAAACCAGGGCAUCAAUACGCCAUAUUUUGCUGCAAGUAUUUUCGGGAUGUUGCAGUCUUGGACCAGAUGUCAUCUCACAGUUGCUCUGCACCAUUCUCCCUGUUGAACUCGCGAGGGAUAUGCAAACUGAUAUUAAAAAUCUUGAAAAGUUAGUGAAUUCGGCCAGACUAUGUACAAUGAUAUUCUCAACUGGUGAAGCCAUACCGUAUCAACAUUAUGAAUAUUUAAACAAACAGUUCGUGGAAUAUUUGGUGAACACCGUGGAAGAUCCACCAGUAAAUACAGACGACGACGAAGAAACUGUGGUAAAUGCUUUCGUGACGUUAAUUCUGUCCUUCAAUCUACAUUUUCAAGAUGUAGAGAAGAACAUUGUGAUGGAAGUAUUAUCUCACAGAACAACGUCUAAAAUAUUUACAGAGAAGCUCAUGUUACUUGUAAAUAGAGGAGAUGAUCCCAUAAACAUAUUUGGUUACUUCGACAAUCGCUGUCCGGAUUCGCUCUUAAAACUCUACGAAGAUAUUUUUUCGAGCGAGAAAACGUCUGGAUUAUUUUUCACCAAUGAUUUGAUGGUUUUAAUUGACAUCGUUUUACGUCAGGUGUCGGACCUUUCUCCAGGUGACGAGUGGAGAACGGAGUAUCUAUCCUUAUUGCACUGCAUUUUAAUGACCACCAAUUACUCGGAAUACAGACAUCGACAUAACGAGCUUGGUAUUUGUCUGCACAGAAUAAAUGAGGAAGAAGGACCUGAUGUAAAAAAAGAUCAACUUAUUGUAAAUGAAAUAUUUAAAAGCUUCUCAGGAAUCUUUUAAUGUCAGAACCAAUUAUUCAGGUGUUCUAUGAAGUAUAAACACAGAUUCAGAUGAAUUCUAUAAACCAAGGAUAUAUAAAUAUGAUAUAAAGAAUUGAAAUAUUUGAACAGAAAAGCAGAGAUUUUUCAUUAUAAUUUUGG